UCUCUCUCGCCCUCCAUCUGUUGAUCGAUUCCUGAGAACAGCGCAGCUCGAAACUGCCCCCCCGCCCGACCAAUUCUCAUCAAGCAUCCACACGAUAACACGAUCUACAGUCCCCUACAAUGGAUCAACAAGGCCAGGAGCCGGGCCCGAUGGCCAAUGUUGUUGCUCAACCAGCCACGGCACAAGCGAUACAAACCGAGGGCAUCGGAUCAGCGCCCGUUCCAGCAAACGGUAUCAGCGCGGAUGAGAUUGCACUUUACGAUCGGCAAAUCCGUCUUUGGGGGAUAACCGCGCAGCAGAAGAUCCGCAAUGCCAGCAUACUCAUCAUCACCAUGAAGGCUCUCGGCAACGAGAGCGCCAAGAACCUCGUCCUGGCCGGCAUCGGUUCUCUCACCAUCCUCGACCCGGAGCCGGUCACGGCGGCCGACCUGGGCGCGCAGUUUCUGCUCGCCGAAGAACCAGCCCCCGUCGGCGUCAACCGCGCAGCCGCCGCCUCGGUCGCCCUCCGGCGCCUCAACCCCCGCGUGCGGAUCCACGUCGACACGGUCGACGUCCGCCUCAAGCCCCCCUCCUUCUUCGCGCCCUACGACAUCAUCAUCGCCACCGACCUCGACUCCCCCACGCUCAACAUCAUCAACACCGCCACUCGCCUGAACUCGCGCCCCUUCUACGCCGCCAGCUCCCACGGCCUCUACGGCUUCAUCUUCGCCGACCUGAUUGAGCACACCUUCGUCAUCACCCGCGCCAAGUCCAACAUGCCCACCCCCGUCGGCCCGGAAACCCGGACCCGCUCGGUCCUGGCCGUGUCCCCGUCCCCGUCCGACGACAAGGAAGAGCUGGUCACGAAGCGCGAGCUCUACUCGACCUGGUACCUCGCCUCGGGCGCGUCGCAGCUCCCCGACGAGAUCAGGCGGUCCCCGCGCCGCCGCCGCGCCGUCACCCCGCUGCUCUCGUGCUUCCGCGCCCUGUGGGAGUUCACCGCCCUCCACGACGGCCUGCCGCCGCAGACGGACAACCACGCCCACCUGGCCGAGUUCACCCGCCUCUGCCAGGAGCAGCACCGCACCCUCGGCCUGCCGGCCGAGACGCUGCGGAGCGAGGUGCUCAGGGCCUUCCUGCAACACAUCCCUCCUCCUCAUUCUUCCUCUUCUUCCUCCUCCUCCUCUUCUUCUUCCGCCCAGAACGGCACGGCUACCACUACUACCACCACCAUCGCCGCCGCCGGCAGCGGCGGCAGCAGCAGCAACAGCAGCAGCAGCAGCAGCGCGAGCGAGGUGUCGCCCGCGGCCGCGGUGCUGGGCGGCCAGCUGGCGCAGGACGUGAUCAACGUGCUCGGGCGCACGCAGCAGCCCGUGCAGAACUUCGUCAUCUUCGACGGCGACGCCCUCGAGGCCGGCGUGUACGCGCUGCACCCGCAGGGGGAGCUGGGGCGCGCCCUGCUGGUGAGCGCGGCGCCCGUCGCGGACGCGGAGGGGGUCCCCGGCGCCUCCUCUGGGUCGGCCAUGCCCGUCCCCGGGCCGGACGGGGUGCCUGUUCUGAGUGUGGGUUGAGUAGGGAUUGAUUGGAGAGGUGUUUGGGGGUUGGGAAGGGGUUUCGAUCUUGUUUCAUUUUUCCCC